AUGCCAAAGAACAACUACGAUGACGAUGAUGAUGAUGACCUGCUUAUGGCACUUCAGAGCAUGGAGCCGUGCGGUAAUUGCGGCGCAGAUGGUGCUAAAAUACCUUGUAUGAGUGGAUGUCGAGAGGUGUUCUAUUGCUCAAGGGAAUGCAAUAUGCACCAUGCAUCGGCACAUCGUCUGCGCUGUCGGAAUCUGCGAUGCUCAAAGUUCAAUGACUCUGAGUCUGAAUCGGAAGCUGACGAUUCCGAUGAUUACGAGACAGACUCAAGUGCAGAGUAUGAAACUGACUCUGGUGAGGAUGACGAAGAAGAGGAGGAAGAGGAGGAAGAGGCAAAGCCGAAGAAGAAAAAGAGCAAGAAGAAAGGCCGUUCCAAGGCCCGCCGAGUGAACAGUUCUCGCAGUAUCGAGUCUUCGGGAGGCAGACUCUCACGGAAGGUGAGUCUUGAUGCCGACACAGAGAAACGCAUUGAAGAGAAAAUUCUGAAGCGGCUAAAAAAACAAGAAGAAGCACGUAUUGCGCAGGCGAUCGACUCUCGCAUGCGCGCCGAAAAAGCCAACUGGCGCGAUGACGAAAUGAACCGCAUCAUUAUGGAAAUGCGGGAACGUUUUCAGAGCGAGAUGUCUACAACGACUUUCUGGACAGCGCUGGCCAAGAAAAAUGGACUAGAAAUGGAUUCACAGGAGAUGCAGACACUGCAAAAGUCCAUGGAACAUUCGUUUUUGGUAUCGAAUCCGCAAUCUGAAGAUAAGAUGGAGGCUCCUCUUUCGGCUGAAAUGGCUGCAGAUGCUGGCGUGGCUGCAAUUGAUGGAUCCUCCGGGGUAAGUGUCAGUCGAACACGGAGCGUGUCAAAGGAGUCGUCGUGGAAUAAUUCGUGUCCAGCAUUUGAGGCACUGCGUGUUGUCGUGUGGAAACACAGUUCUUUGCCACGUCUGCGCUUUCGUGCUGAUAAGAGGACAAGCAUAUGGAAUAUCAUAACAGAUCUAGACGGUGAUGAAUCAUUCGCACAUAUAUGUGUGGGUGAUAAGCUGCUUUCAAUAAAUGGACGCACUAUUGACGACUCGGUGCUCACUGAUGAAGAUCUGAACGAUGUCUUUGCAGCUUACGCAUCACCGAUCAUUAUGAAAUUCGAGGCAGGAGAUCCCACUGCCGCAAAUAGCAAAGUACACGACUACUCUGUGACGUGGUCAAAUGGUCCUUUAGGUGUGACGCUGAAGGAUGACUGUGUCACGCAGAAAAUUCCAAUUGUAAAUCGAUUGACCAAGAAGGCUGGGUCCGUGGCUGUAAAACAGAAUAUUGCGAUUGGAGAUGUACUUGUCGCCAUCAAUAAUAUUGACACAAUACAACUUGGCUGCUCGCUUUCAAUGUCGAUACUGAAGAAAGUGCAAUUGCCCGCCAAACUUCGAUUUCGGGGAGUUGGUGGACCCCCUUCCGUGCCAGUAUCGAAAAGUGAAGCCUCUGCUCAAUCGUCAAAGCAUCGAAGCCGGACUGUGUCGCGCCAACCUAGUGAACGUGCGUCGUCAGUGAUGAACCUUAGCAUGAGCAUGUCACGACCUAGCAAAUACUCCGUAAACUGGGGUGAAGGACCUUUGGGCCUUACGAUCAUUCCUGGAUUGAAUGAAGGCGAUCUUCCAGUAAUAAAAAAGGUCACUGGUACAGGAAAUUCUGCUGGGAUUGACCAAGCUCAAGUGGGUGAUUUCUUAGAGAGCAUGAAUGGGAUCAAGGCCGCCACAAUGCACUUUGAAGACAUCGUGUCCUAUUUGAAGACAGCACAGAAGCCUGUGCUGCUAUGCUUUCAAGCGGCUUUUGAUGAUGAUGAUUCCAGAGGUCCGUCUUCGUACCGUAAUAAUGGCACAUCAUUGUCUGCCAGAAGCGAUUCGAGUACGCAUUCGAACCACGACAAAGCUUCGAUGCGCAUGAGUUCCCCUGAGCCAGCUCAUCAUUCAACCGAGAUUGUCAGACAAGUUUCGCGUGAAUCACCGAGCAACGUGUACAAGGUAGUUUGGGGAUCAGGUCCAUUGGGUCUUACAGUCGAUGCUAAGCCGCAUACUGGUGCAUUUAUCAAGCGCAUUGCGUCAAACGGCGCAGCAGCUCAUCUUUCUCAGGAUUGCAUCGGUGAUGACGUGACUCACAUUAACGACAUGGACGUAUCGCGUGUUCCAUUUCAGGACAUUGUUGCACAUUUAAAAAAUGUGCCCCGACCAGUAACCCUUUUUUUCAGGCGCAAGACUGCCCACUCCAACCAUGACCAACACAAUUCAUACUCAUCAAAUUCCAAUGGAAGCUCAUCGACUCAGUACAAUACGCCAACUCCAAGUCAUAGCCGAAAAGCAGUGCUAGCUCCUGCAGGUGAAGACAGUGGCGUUCAAUAUUACAACUUGGUGUGGCAAGACAAUACUCCCCUUGGACUUUCGCUGCGCGGAGCUGAUGAAACGUGCGAGUAUCCCUAUAUUACCCGCGUGACGGGAAGCGGAAGCGCAGCACAUUUGCCACAGUCUGCAAUGAACGACUGCCUUAUCUCUAUUGACGGACGUAGCGUGCAUGCGCGUGACAAAUCAUUUGAGGAAGUGAUGACGCUGCUCAAGGUGAUGCAGAAACCUUUGACGCUCAAAUUUCAAGUUCGAAAUGGAAAUUUUGUGCAGCCACGUACCUCGGCACCGAAACCUAUGCCGCCUGCAUCUGUUCCGGUGCAGUACCAGCAAAGGGGACCUUCGCCAUCACCGCCGCCGUCUCAGUCGCAACAACCCCAACAACGAAAGGCGGUAAAAGCGCAAGAUUCGUAUACAUGGCGGCAAAAUCGUGCUUCUCCUCCGCCGGCACCAUCUGCUCAGCCGCCAUCGAGCUCAUCGCUUCCAAGCACGAACGACCGUAUGGUGGGUGGAGACAGUAGUAGUAAUCUUAAUAGGAGCGUUGAUCGUGGUCUCGGUGGUGGUGUUAAUCCGGGCAACGAGAACAAGUAUAGCAGCAUCCAGGCACCUUUUCUCGCUCAAAACAAGCUCUCGGCUGGCCGCCGGCAGAAGAUGCUGAAGGGCUUAAAAAAGUAG